AUGAUUCAAAACGAUGGUGUACCGCAAUGCACAACCAACGGCGACUCCCUAGGAGACCUGCAGGAAGAAGUAGACUACUCAUGGGCGGCUCCUCUUCUUGAGCAGACCAUUGACGCUGAUCGUAAAGUGCGGGUCGUUUGCGUUGGCGCAGGGUUCAGUGGUAUCGGGGCAUCUAUCCACAUGCGAGAGCAUAUCCGAGACAUUGACUUCCAGAUUUACGAAGCCGCAGACGACGUCGGCGGAGUAUGGCAUCACAACCGAUACGCCGGUGCCGCUUGCGACAUUCCAGCUCACAGCUACCAGUACUCCUUCUGCCAGAAUACCCAGUGGUCGGAAUUUUAUGCGCCUGGUCCCGAGAUUCACAGAUACUUGAAGAGAGUUGUCGAUCACUACAAAUUGCAAAGCCUCAUUAAGCUGCGUCACAGAGUCGUCGGAGCCGAGUGGUCCCAGAAUCGCGGAAAGUGGUCCGUCAGAGUAUUAGAUCUAGACAACAAUGAGGAGAAAGUAGAUGAGGCUGAUUACUUUCUUUACGCUACUGGUCUUCUAUCAAAACCAAAAUGGCCAACAAUUGCGGAUGUGUUCUCUCCCGAAGAAAGGAAAAAUUUCACAAAUGAAGCCUUCUACUCUCAGUUCCGCCGAGAGUUAGAGCGAGGCCUCAACGCCGUACAUAAGAUCACCGAACAGGGCCAACCGUUGCAGCUGGAAGCUCGAAGAAUCAUAGAGGAAAAGAUGCUGGAGAAGCUUGCAUCCAAACCUGAGAUUGCCGAGAAGCUUAUACCCGACUUCCCAGUUGCCUGCAAACGCCUCACGCCAGGACCGGGUUACCUCGAGAGUCUGACAGCAGAUAAUGUUGAGUUCUGUUCUCAAGAGCUAGUAUCCUUCACGGAGAAGGGUCUCGUAACAACAGAUGGCCGCGAACUUGAAUUCGACGCAAUUAUUUGCGCUACUGGCUUUGUGAGCUGCCUUUGCUGUUCAACGCACCGUCUCGGGAUUAACAGACGUGAAUAG